UUUUUGCCAGUCAUGCCAAUCCUAACCAAACCUCAGUAGUAUUUGCUGUCUCUGUCCCGAUAGAUACGUACUGAGAUCAAAUCAGCCACAACUCAUCCGCUAAGGGACCAAGAAAGCCACCCAGCAGUCAUAUCAUGAUUGAGAGUGACAGAGAGCUGUCGGCCAUGGUGCAGGAGCUAUGGGACAACGAUAUCAACAGACUGAAGCCCGGGAAAGACUACAGGAUCUCACUGCAGGGCAAAGCUGGAGAUGUGAUGGCACUCAACGAUGACAAUGACGGAGCAGGAUACCCUCUGUUCACAUACGUCGACGAGAACAUCUUCAAAAAGGAGACUUUUUUAGCCUUUAUCUCCCUACUGGAUAACUACGAGAGUGACACCGGCGAGCCAGAGAUUGUGACCCCCGAGGAGGAGGCAGAGAAUCACAAAUUCCUGGACUCCAUCAUUCAGACCCCCACAAUGAAAAUAGCUCAUAAGUACCUGGUAGAGAAGCACCUUUCCCCAGAGGACGAAACAGACUUCAAGGAGCAGCUGUACAGGAUCUGGUUUGAACUUUAUGCCAGGAGAGGAUCCAGCAGGCCGGACUCCUCGGGGUUCGAACACGUGUUUGUUGGGGAGACGAGGGGAGGGCGCACCGUCAUUGGCUUUCACAACUGGAUCCAGCUCUACUUACAAGAAAAGCUGGGACACAUUGAUUACAAAGGCUACAGCGUCAAUGCAAAUUCCCCCCAGCCCGAUGAGAACAAGCACAUCCUAGCGCUACAGUUCAGCUGGAAGAACGGUAUAAAGCCCAAAGGCAGCAUCUUCAUCGGCGUCAGUCCAGAGUUUGAGUUUGCCCUCUACACUCUCUGUUUCCUCACCUCACCCAACGAGCGCGUCAAAGUCCAGUUCAGUUUCUACGACGUGGAGAUUGUUUGCCACCAUUACAACCAGAAACAUAUAGGCACCACCUACCCUGUGCUUGUUAAGUACCAGAACCAUGAAUAACCUGCAUGAAAAAUCGAAUGGAAGUACAUCACUUCUUGAAAACACUCUUGAGCUUGCAUACAAAGUGUCACGGGUAUUGUUGUUGUCUUUUUAUUUUAGAUAAAGAUACAAUAAAACCUU